UUGAAACCCCCGGGAAAUGGAAUCAACAGUCUGACAUUCCUCGAAAUUCCCGUCAUUUGUUUGUCCUGACAUUUCCCCCGAACUUGAGCCAUCCCAUCGUCCAAAUGGAGGGUAAAUAAAGCCCCUACGAACGCCAAAAGCCUCCCUAAUCAUCCAAAAAAAAAAGCUGAUAACAUCGAUCAAAUGUUGUCCCAUUAAAUCCCCAAAAAUGUGCAACGAUUUAUUACCACCGAGUGUCCACGAGUUUCUCGAUAAUUUCGAGUCAAGCCUUUGCCUACCAAUUCUCAUUAUCCUCGUCCUUUGUACAAUUCAGUUUAUCAUCAAUCACGUACUCGACAUCGGAUGCUCAAUAGCAUCAGCAAUGGAGGGUAGAGUUGAAAUUGACUCGGAUCUGGAUGAGGGUCCAAGCCAGCCAUUCACAACUAAAAUUAAAGGAAUGUUCUACAAUGCAGCGUGUACUAUGAUACCCGGUGAAUCAGUGAAUGCACAGACAUCAACAGUACUGUCUUCUCCACUUCCAAGCGGGCGUAAAAGUAAUGUGAAGCGAGGAGAUACGAGAACCUGAUGGAAUGAAAUAAAUCACAAGAAAAAACUUGUCGACUCCAGAUAAAUCACUGGACUAUUUUCUUAAA